GGUAGAAGCUUUUCACUGCACCGGAGAGAGGAGAGCGCACCGGGUCGUUGCUGCUGUAGGAGGGAAAGAGGGCUGUGUGAUUUCUUUCCUCCAAGUCUUUUUUUUUGGGGUGGAAGAACAAAUCUCUGGUGGAAAUUCUUCCUGUAUGGUUCAUCCUCUCAUGUCCUGGUGUGUCUGGCAGCGGGGUGGAUUUUUAGCUGUUGAGGAAAGCUUUGUGCAUUCCAGGAUUCACCCCAGUUUCCUCUUUGUACGCAUCCUUCUCUUCAAGGUGGGAUGAAUUUGGACAGAAUCGCUGAGGCAGUGAGAGCACCGCCGCCCCGCGACGUGGCCCCCGCGUUUCAUUUACCAAGAACUUCAAACAGCAGUCGAGAAACUUUAGAGAACUCAAGCAGCGAGUCUUCAGACACAGAAUUGGCAGAAAAGGAGAGGAGCGCUGAACACAGGAGUGAUGACGGGAACGCGGACGAUCCAAAGAAGAAGAAGCAGCGGCGGCAGCGGACUCACUUCACCAGCCAGCAGCUGCAGGAGCUGGAAGCCACUUUCCAGAGGAACCGCUACCCGGAUAUGAGCACCAGGGAGGAAAUCGCCGUGUGGACCAACCUGACCGAGGCUAGAGUCCGGGUGUGGUUCAAAAACCGCCGGGCUAAAUGGAGGAAGCGGGAGCGGAACCAGCAAAUGGACCUGUGCAAGAACAGCUACCUGCCGCAGUUCAGCGGCCUCAUGCAGCCCUAUGACGACAUGUACCCGGCCUACACCUACAACAACUGGACCAACAAGGGCCUCACCCCGGCGCCGCUGUCUACCAAGAACUUCACAUUCUUCAACUCCAUGAGCCCCCUCACCUCGCAGUCCAUGUUCUCGGCGCCAAACUCAAUCUCCUCCAUGACCAUGGCCUCCGGGAUGGGCCACUCCGCCGUGCCGGGCAUGCCCACCCCGGGCCUCAAUAACAUCAGCAACCUGAACGGGAUCGGCACGUCCAGCAUCAACUCGGCCAUGUCAUCGCCCGCGUGUCCGUACGGGCCUCCCGGCUCUCCCUACAGCGUUUACCGGGACACUUGCAACUCCAGCCUGGCCACCCUCAGACUCAAAUCCAAACAGCAUCCAACUUUUGGAUACAGCGGCCUGCAGAGCCCCGGCUCGAGCCUGAACGCCUGUCAAUACAACAGCUGACGGGCCAAAAGGCCUGAAUUUCAAAUAUAAAUAAAUAUAUAUGUGAUGAAUGGACACGGUGUCAGAGCUUGGGCUACCUGCGGAUGGGGGGAAAAAAAAAAUCAAAGACAACUAAACUGGAUUAGUUGCAGUCAUUUUUCAAAAAAAAAAAGAGGAUAAAUGGAUUAUGCGGGUUAUUUGUGUUUACCAAUGAACUUGCACAGCAAUUGAAAUGUCCAAGUUUUUUGGAAUUUUUUUUUUUUUAAAUGAUGAAGACGUGUUACAUUGCUGCACUGUAAAUAUAUAAAUGUAAAUAUAUACAGGCCUAACAUAUAAAAUAGACGAUGGGAUUUUUUUUUUCUUUUUUGUGCUUGCUUGCUUUUGAAGACUGGGAGGGUGGGGGGUUGUUCUCGACCAAAACAAGAAUUUGCAAGAAAAAAUAAAGUGUCGAGCAUAUCAUAAAUCCAGACUCAAGGAAAAAAAAAAAGAAAUAUAGCCCAUACUGUACAUAUUUUAUACCGCUUCUGUGUGCUUUUUAUUUACCGCUAUGCAGGGUGCCACCGGCCCGUUUGACUCAUGACGCCUCCCGUUCAGUGACUUUACUUUGAAAUGUUUCAUUUUGUUUACUGAAAUAGAAAACCCCGCAUGUUUAACUUGGGUGCAACGUGUUUUGUACGAUAAUGUAAGACUUUGCAGAAGUAAGUUCAUUAGCCUAAACUGUGUACAAAAAGGUGAUUGAACGUCCCCAUGUGUUUAUGGUAACAUGUUUGUUUGAAUAAACUCCAGGAAAAGAGA